AUGGAUCUGCUAGUGGUUCCCUCCUCCCCGACCCUCCCAGUCCGGAAAGCUCCCUAUGUCUGCACCGAGCACUGGGAUGGGGGCAAAUACCUCGACUACGCCGCCCGCAAGGGCCGCAUGUCGACAGUGUCACCCUCACUCCGGGGGUUCGUGACGGCCGGCGCUACGCAAACAGACGCCGAAUAUCUGGAGCCGAUACAUCCUACGCCUCAAGCGCAGCAGCAGUCCUUCUUCCAGACCUGGUUUUUCUUUGGGCUCCUGGCCGAGUUCCUGGGCCUGAACGAAGCCGACGACGGGACGCGCCAAAUCGAUGAGGAGCUCGCCAAAGAAGAAAUAGAGUCGCUGUAUCAAGACUUCGUUGUCGUUGACGAGGAUGGCCGACGUUUCAUCAGCGGCGGCAAGCUGCUGGAGCCUGGUAUGGGCAGCCAUCUGAUGGACAGGUUCAAGCAGACCAGACAAGGCGUUGCGCACCGAGCCAAGUAUCUGCACGACUGUCUCCAGUUUACCUGCGCCAUGCUGCACACCGGCAUCCAUACCGACUUCGAUCGGGACGUGCUCUACUCGAUUGCCGCGCUAGGGGAGCUGUUCUGCACUUCCUUCGUGACGGCUGCCAACUUCGGCUUGCUGCCCAAUGGACUGCCUCACUUCAGCCUCCCGUGGAGCCAGAACUAUCUCAAGCCGCGUGGGGAGCUGGAAAAGCAUAUGCUCGAGAACGGAUGGUGCAAGAGCGAGAUCGAGAAGCUCAGGUGGGUGUACCAGGGCUUGGGAACCCAGCACUUCCUCAGCAGGAUGAGGAAGGAAGAGCCGCACGGCGACCAUACCGGAUGCUCGGCCGACGGAUGCGUGGCGUUUCAGCUGGACGAGACGUACAGGCCACGACACGCAACUGCAGGCUGCGCCUGUGCCUUCAUCGGAGCGGAGCAUGUCAACACAGUCCAGACAAUCCUCAAGACCACAAAAGGAUACCCUGUCCUGCGCUUCGACACGGUCAUAGAUCCUGGCAGCGUCGAUGGGUUGAGAGCAGAAUUGACGGUGGAAGAGUACAGUGAUGAAGUGCCAUAUGUUGCAAUAUCACAUGUGUGGGCAGAUGGAAUGGGCAAUCCGAAAGAGAACUCUCUGCCGCAAUGCCAGAUUGCAGAGGUCGCAAGCCUUGUUGCCGAGCUUGGGAAGACAGUUGGCACAGCGGUUGAUGCCUCGGCGCCGGCAUACCGCUUCUGGCUCGACACCCUCCUAUGUCCCGUUGAACGGGUGGGCAACGCUAUCUCGCUUGCGCGCAUCAAGGACGUAUACCGCAACGCGAAGCACGUCCUCGUCCUUGAUGCGUCUAUCAUGCGCCAUCGCUUUGAGAGCCUCAGCGCGGCAGAGGCCCUCCUGAGAAUAUUUGCAACGUCCGCCUGGAUGAGGAGGCUGUGGACACUGCAGGAGGGUGCCCUCGCCCAGACACUCUUCUUCCAGUUUGCAGACAAGGCUGUUACCGCCCAACAGGCUCUCGAGCAGCUUUUCCAACAAGGGCGCAACGAUCUGAGAUACAUGCGGAUCUGGAUCGAUGUCUUCACAGAGGCUACAAAUCUCAGGGGCUGGUUCCACCCCCCUUUCAACCACCCCAGCCCCAAAUCCCACGAGAUGCUCAUCUCGCUCCAGCGUAGCCUGCACUUCCGCACCGUCUCCGUACCGGCAGAUGAGCCCAUCUGCAUCGCAACCCUGCUUUCCUUCAGCCAACAAGACCAGGAGGACAUCAUUGCCGAGACCAAGCGCAGCGGCCACGCGGGCAUGGCGCGCGUGUGGGAGGCGGUCGCCCGGUUCUUCUUCGACGGCCGCCUCCCGGCCGCCAUGCUCUUCUCGGCCGACGCGACGCUCGACAUCCCCGGCUGGCGAUGGGCGCCGCGCAGCCUGCUCGGCGCCAACGCGGGCGCCGCGGAGGGCGUGAUGGACCUCAACACGCGGAUGAUGCGCUUCCACCUCGCACACGCCGGCAUCCCGACGGGUUCGUCCGAGACAGCCCAGCCCGAAUUACUAACUGCUACCGCGUCCGACCAGGGCAACAGCAGCGCCACCACCCCAGCCAGUGCCAGCAGCGACAGACGCACAACACCGCGCCAAUUCGGCAUCCCAACGCCCCUCGGCCUCCGCGUGCAGAUGCCGGGCUUGAUCCUCCGCGCAUCCCCCCUCCUCCCGCAUCUGCCUCUCCAGCCAUGGGAGGGAACCUUCAACCGUCCAUCGGAAGACUAUCUCUUCGUGCGGGAGCCGGCAACACAGCAGUGGCUGCGCCUAAUGGACCUCCACCGCGCCCGAAGAGGCUUGAUGGGCGAGUUGGACGACAAACAGGACGACGACGACAAGAACAGACGACAAGGCGGGGCGAGUCGCGCGGGGAGCACGCCGCUGCCGCCGCCGCCGCCGCCGCUGACCGAGUCCGUCUGCUCUGGCAGGUGUGCGAUACUGUAUGAUCCUGACGCCGAGCGGGCCGGGAUUCGCUACUGUCUCAUGGUGCAGCUGGAGCCGGGCCAGGAGUCCGCGGCGGGCGCGGGGAUGAUGAGGGUGCGCCGCGACCGGAUGGUGCUUGUGGAUGUGGCUAGCGCCGGGUAUGCCUUGCUUGCUGAGACGCUGCGAGGGCUUGCGCUCGAAGUGGCAGCGCAUGAAGCGACGAGGAGACUGUUGGAGGUCGGGGAGGGGAGCGGGGACGGAGAGGAACGCGAGAAGGCUGUGGAGGGGGUGAGGCGCGUCAUGAAGGAGUUGAUGGGGAGGAAGUGCGCGUCGGACGCGGCGUUCGCCCGGGCUGUUCGUGACUGCAUUGGGUUCAAUCUGGAGCAGUUCAUGUGGGCGCAGAUACCAGUACGGUUCUCGCAUGAUGUGACGGCGGAGGUGUGUGAAGAGACUCAAGUCUGGAUUGUGGACUAA